AGUACUGCACUUCUGUAUUUUGUUUUGGCGAUGAAGCAUCUUGUAAAAAACGAGAGGAUUAUCUGGAAUGGCCUGAAUAUUUUAUGGCAGUUGCGUUUUUGUCAGCACAGAGAAGCAAGGACCCAAGUUCUCAGGUUGGUGCCUGUAUUGUAAAUUCAGAAAACAAGAUUGUUGGAAUCGGGUACAAUGGGAUGCCUAAUGGCUGCAGUGAUGAUGCACUACCUUGGACAAGAACAGCAGCACAUAGAUUAGACACAAAGUAUCCUUACGUUUGCCAUGCUGAACUGAAUGCCAUCAUGAACAAAAACUCAGCUGAUGUGAAAGGGUGCAGCAUGUAUGUUGCCUUAUUUCCAUGUAAUGAAUGUGCAAAGCUCAUCAUCCAGGCAGGUAAGAAGUAGUGCCAGCCUGAUUUGUCAGUGUUGCAGUGCUGCUUUCUCAUCGAUAUCAUGGAUGUAUUUGAUGUUAAAUUGCUGCUGUUAGAUCUAAAUUAAUUGCACUGUCAACUUCAUAAGAUGCUACUUGUGGGUUGUGUUUUUUUUGUUUUUUUUU